UGACUUCCCUUUACAGCACAUGUUGAAGGUAAGCAAAGUCUGAAAAUCGGUCAGCGAGAGGUUUUAAAGUCGAAUCUGCUUUAUUAUUAACUGAAAUCGGUGGACACCGGUUUGUUUAUUCGUGUCAUAUAUCUGUUCUGCAGUAUCCACUAUGGGGAAGUCCAAACAAAUAGGAAACCACAAUAGUGACAAGAAGAAAAAUAUCUCAAAGACAUGGAAGACAAAGCGCAGGACCAAAGACUUGGACCAGAUCCACUCAGACAUGAAGCCAGAGACAGCAGCCAAACUCCUGCAUCAGGAGGUGGACUACGACGUGACUGGAUGUGCGCAACACUACUGCUUACACUGCGCGAGAUAUUUUGUGGACAUGAGAUCCUUGAAAGAGCACUUCAAAACUAAAGUGCACAAGAAACGGUUAAAACAGCUCAGGGAAGAGCCCUACACCCAGGCAGAGGCAGAGAGAGCAGCAGGUAUGGGCUCCUACAUCCCUCCAAAAACUGUUGAAGUGAAGACACAGCCUCUGGAAGAGGACAUGGAUUGAGAACCGCCCCCUUUAAGACAUGGACUGGAGCACAAGCAUUAACAAUACAGAUUAUGCUUGUUAUUGUCAUGAUUUUUGAUGCAUCUUUAAAUGCUUUCUUUGAGACAAACAUUUGUUUUUCCAACCAGCUGUGAGUGUCAUCACCCUGGAUCAGGAAGAUUACAUAUAAUUUGAUCCACCCAUAUAAAUAACAACUGUGUGAAAUAAUAAUAAAGUGCUUGAAUUGGCUUCAUAUUAGAGGCUAAAAUAUAAA